AUGGUCCAGUUCUACGACGAGAUUCCCCCGUUCCUAAUCGAUUGGAUCAAGACCCAGCAUGUGUUCUGGGUUGCAACAGCACCUUUGAGUGCUGAUGGUCAUGUCAAUCUGUCCGGUAAAGGCAUUAACGGAACCUUUCACGUCGUCAAUAAUCGCCAAAUUUGGUACGAGGAUUUGACUGGGAGUGGCUGCGAAACAAUAUCACAUAUCCGAGAGAAUGGCCGGAUAACAAUUUACUUCAACGCAUUUGAAGGACCACCAAGAAUCGCUCGAUUAUUUGGAAAGGGGAAGGUAUUCGAAUUUGGAACGCCGGAGUAUAAUGCACUACUUCCGCCCGAAGAGAGGCAGGUUGGUUCACGUUCUAUCAUCAUGGUCGAUUUGCAUAAAGUUGCCACGUCGUGCGGUUACGCUAUUCCCUUUUUCCAGUUUAAAUCUCAUCGCACCAAACUCACCGAGUGGGCUUCUAAUAAACAGGCUCAGGACUGUCCUUCACUCUCCUCUUUGACACUGCCUAGUGAUGGAUUAAAAGCUUACUGGAAGAAAUCGAAUUCUGCAAGUCUCGACGGGCUUCCUGGAAUGGAGCUCCUCCCGAUUACUUUUGAAACACAGCUUGUUCCACCCAAAACUGGUAAACAUAAGGCCAUAUCCAAAAUUCCGAAGUUCCCGAGUCCGAUCGAUGAGAAACUCAUAUUGGCCUUUGCUCUUGGUGCUCUUACGGUGUUGGUGGGAGGAAAGCUGAGGUCAUUGUGA